AUGGCGACCGGCUUGCUUCUGUUUGUGUGCCUGCUGUCCAUCGGCCAUGUCCGCACAGACGAGGUAUGCCCCUCCUCUGCCUUCGCAUGCAAGACGACCGAUGACUGCAUCGGUUUGGCAAAAAGGUGUGAUGGUUCUCCCGAGUGUCCCGACUUCUCUGAUGAAGAUUGCACAGCCCCAGGUUGCCUGUCGCCAGGUGUAUUCAGCUGUGACGGGCGCUGCCACUCUCUCGCUGUGGUAUGUGACGGGAUGUCUCACUGUGUUGACGGCUCGGACGAGGAGGAUUGCCUGACCAAAGAGUGCCCCUUACCCAACUAUCUCAAGUGCGAAACAGCUGGCAUCUGUGUACGACCGGAGUGGCAAUGUGACGGUUGGAAUUAUUGUGACGACGGUUCGGAUGAAGAAAAUUGCACAGUGUGUCCUUUGCCCAACUAUUUCAAAUGUGAAAGUGGUAGCAAGUGUGUCCCUCCAUGGGAGCAAUGUAACGGAUGGGAUAAUUGUCUAGACAGGUCGGAUGAGGAAAAUUGCACCGGUACCAACAAAGAGUGUUACAACGCCGACUAUUUCAAGUGUGAAAGUAGUGGAGCAUGUGUCCCUCCGGAGUGGCAAUGUGAUGGAUUGUAUGAUUGUGAUGACGGUUCAGAUGAGGACAAUUGCACCAGCAAAGAGUGCUACAACGCCGACUAUUUCAAACGGUUCAGAUGA